GUACUGAACAUAACUCGAAAGCGAGAAAAUCGUUGAAGUAGCCUUCGAUUUUAACUUUUCUUUUAAUUGGUCGGCGGCGGCGGGUUUUCUCUACAAAAACUGAAUGGUUCUCUCGAAGAUUUGCCCCGCAAAAGGUGUCCUGUAGUAUCGUGGCUCCAAGGAAAAGUUCAGCGAAUUCCAGCACUGAAGCGGCUUUGAGUUUACAACGCGCCAAACGCGAGAAGUUGCGCCGCCGGCUAAAAAUCCUUUUUUUUUGCUCCGUUCGCUGUGUUGUUCUGCGUGAAGGAAUUUCGUCCUGGCGACCGAGUUUAAGUGUGUGAAAAACUGUGUCUUGAUUUGAGAAAACACUCGUUCGAAUUGAAACGGGGUUGUUGAGAGAUCCGGAAAAAAUUCCCGUUACGCUGAGAUAAACGAGGCAGCCGAUCCGAAUCGCCGAUGUGACCGAGAAGCUGGAAAAAACCAAUUGCCAAAAAGAAACGCGUUCCGGAACCAUCAUGGCCAGUCAAGCAGUUAUGGACACGCAGCCCGCCACGGAAAGCCAACUUGCCAGCCAGUGUACAUUGCUGGAAAGUCAACCAGCGGCCAAACCCGUCUUCGGGCGGCUGUGCGCCAAAAACGUGCAGAUCAGAAGCCUCGGUACUAAAUCUCCCAUCUUCUACACUUCGAGUGCUUCGACCAUCGGUGGCUACGAUCUUCACGAUGGCGAGCUUUUUACUGUCGGGCGAGAUUCGAACUGUAAACUCUCUCUGGAUACGGAGCACAUGCCCGAGAACAUACUAAGCCGAGUAUCCAAGGUUCAUUUCUCCAUCGAGAAAGAUGAGGACUUAGAUGCUCCCGUUUAUAUCAAAGACAAAUCCCGGAAUGGUACAUAUGUAAAUGGCAAGCUAAUCGGCACGAACCGACAGAGGCUACUGACGGAUGGGGACAUAAUUUCCAUCUGCUAUGCCGACCUGAAAGCUUUCAUCUAUCAUCAGCUGCGAGAAAAUCCUGCCACCAAGCAGCUGGCUAGCGAUUUAUCAAACACCUACUACAUUGGCCGAACGCUCGGUUCAGGGGCUUGCGGUGUGGUAUAUCUACUACACCAUACCGAUACUUGUGAGCGUUUCGCUUUGAAACAGGUGGCUAAGAACAAGAUGACCGACCAGCAGACCAGACCACGGCCGCUGAAUGAUCCAGCACGUGUUAUGAACGAGGUCAACAUCAUGAAAAACCUGGAUCAUCCCUGUGUCAUCCGGAUGCACGACAUCAUAGAUAAACCACAUUCGCUCUAUAUGGUACUGGAGUACAUGAAGGGAGGUGAUCUACUCUCGCGCAUUCUCGCCAACAAAAGGCUUCCGGAGAAAACCUCCAAACUUUUCUUUCUCCAGAUGUGCCACGCUGUCAAGUACCUGCACAGUCAAGGAAUAACACAUCGAGAUCUGAAACCGGAUAACAUCCUGCUGGCGGACGAAGAAGAGUACACUUUGCUGAAAGUUUCGGACUUUGGGCUAAGUCGGUUCGUGGGCAAAAACUCCGUCAUGCGCACACUCUGCGGCACGCCAAUGUACGUCGCCCCGGAAGUGCUACUUACUCGAGGGAGCGGUAGCUACACACCCAAAGUGGACAUCUGGGGUUUGGGCGUUGUGUUAUACACCAUGCUGAGCGGCACCAUGCCCUUCUCGGACGAUUUCGGAACACCAGCCGUCGAGCAGAUCAAGCGGGGCAAGUUCAGCUUCCGUCAUCCCAGCUGGCGGACCGUAUCAUCAAAAGCGAAAAAGCUCAUCUACGAAAUACUGAACGUGAACCCAAAGGAACGCCCGUCGAUCGAUACCGUGCUCGCCAGCAGCUGGAUGCGCGAUCCGGAUGUGAUCGCCGUGGCGGAACGGCUGAUGGAGCGCCAACUGACGACACAACCACCGCAGAUGCAGCCGCCGCGCACUCGGACCACGCACUCGGAUGUAGAAAAUAAUAAUAAGGGCCGGUCUACUGCGGGCCGAGUGUUUCAGCCACCCAGAAAGAAGCAGCGAGUGUGAGGGAAGUUGUGUGCGCCAUCCGAGAGAGCCAUCGUUACAGUUCAAAUCAUUCUAUUGUUAUUUAACGAUAGGACACCAGCUCGACGGACCGGCUUCACUAGGAAGCGGCAUAUUUUAAUCUUUUUUUUAUCAGUUUUUUUAUGUAGCACCUGUUUUCAAUGUGCAAAAGCCUGCUUUUACAGGCUUACUAUUCAUUAAGUUUCGUCGCAUUCCACUUUGUGGCAACAACCUGUCGAAAUCACAGAGCAAUAGGUGUUCACAAAGAUGUAUCACUCGAAGUAAAAUCAUCCGUAACAAUUUUGUUGACUAAGCGGCCGCAGUGAGAUGCCGUGUUUACUUGCUGUUCAUUUUGCGCGUUCGUUCAGCGAACUUAUCAUGAAUAUGCCAAACAGGAAGUUAGUAUACGUUACUUUAGUUGACUUAAAGUAUAGCGACAGACAAUCACCAAAAAUCAUCGGGUGGGCAACAAGGAGGUGAACAAGCAAGUAAAGUAUGUAGUGUGUGUUUGAAGUUCUGCUGCCUGUCUCACUGCAAAAUCCCUGUACUUCGUUGCACGUAAAUUUUAUCAGUAAUUAUGAGUAUCCUUUUUUGAUACAAACAAUGAACAAAGAACUGGUUUCAAUAAUGAACUAAACAAUUAGCCAUUGAGUGAAGCAUUGAUUAGUUAAACGCAAUGGACAAAGUUGUGCUCGUUGGUUGUGUUCCGCGUCAUGCUGAUUGUCUUAAGAGUAAAACAGACUCCCAAUAAAUGUGAUGUGUACAAUAUGAGAUAUACUUAACAU